AUGCGAGUCAUAGAACUUGGCGUUUUGGCUCAACUUGCCGUCUCUGUGAGCAGUCUAGCUGUCCUAGGUGGUGAUGAGGUCCGGAACCACUUGGUCAAGGCUCGUACGGGAACCGCUGCUUCUAGCUCGGCACCGUCUGCUCCUACUGGAGAUUCUUGGAAGACCAUAAAAUGCUCUGAGGUCCAGGGUGAUGCACAGAGUCAAUGGAAAGAGGCAGGUGCACUAUCUGCUUGGAAUACCACCAUUGCGGCCUGGGAGCAGAACCCGAGCGGUGGCUUCCCCCAAUACGUCAGUAGCUAUCUCCAUGGACCUGGAGGUAUGAGAUGCGGUGACAUUGGCUCUGAGAACCGUUGUUCCCUGCCUGUGGAUUGCCAGGAUGCUACUAUUCCAGGCGGCGCCCUGAUUCUGAAUGGUUUUGCGGGAAUUCAUGAACUUCAUGCCUCGGCUUUCCAGGCUAUCGGGGGUAUUCAGGCCGAUGUGACGGACCAAAUUGGCACCUUCACAUCCACCUUCGCCCCUCAGCCUCCUAAUACGGGGCUCCUCCAGAAGAACAUCUUCGAUGCUGCAGCAUUGAUCUUUAGCUUUGGCACAUCUAUGUUGUUCAACGUCGCCCUCAAGCAAAUGGAGAAUGUAAUUGCCAAAGCCAUUAUGGCUGACAUGACGGGUGCUGUCUUUGGUACCGCCACUUCCUAUUACAAGACGAACAUGAAAGGUGCGAUAGAGGGACUGCAGGUCCAGAACACUCUCGCUUCCUUCCUGGGCGAGACCAUGUCAGCCUGGAAGGGUAUUGAGUCGGGUUAUCUAGAGGCAAUAUUCUCUGGGAACGCCGGCAGCAAUGGCACCGAUGCUCUUUAUGCCAUGAUUAACAAUGGAGCCAUGGGAGAAGUUAUGAAUAACAUCAACCUCAACGGCACGAGUAAGGAUGUGCAAAAGAUUCUUUAUGGCCAGAUGAUUCCGUACGCGUGGAGUGUUUCUCCGGACCACGCGCGUCCUUUCAUCUGGCAGAGCGAAGAUGAAUGCGACGGAACCACCAAGUCCAUCCCCGAGGACGCCGCCAACUUCGUGUCCAACGAUGACGCGGUCAAGACCAAUGUUUGCUAUAAUGGCAAGAUACAUUACGUGCUGAACGGUCACAGCAUCGCGGGGACCGGUUUCCCUGCUAGUGCCCUUCCCGGUGGAGACCAUAACACUCUGGAUGGAACCAACUGGGGUGGAAUUAUCCUCGAAGACAUUGUCGAAAGCUGCGUGUCGGGAUGGACCAAUAACAACUACCAGAACGGUUACCCGCGCCCUGAUUCUAAUAGCAUCGUGAACAGCUUCAGCGGGGAUGUCCCUAGCGUUCGAACUCCUGGAUUCAUGAGUUUGCCAGUGUGUACAAAUGCCACCGCCAUCAUUAACACAAUGCAACAGGGUAAUGGGAACUCACCUUACUGGCCCUGUGAAGACCCCGAGGGAUACACUAGCAGUGGUACCAACAUUCAUGUUAGCAGCGGUUGUAUUGUGAUUAAUGAUUCAAAGCGCUGCCAAACCUGGGGUGGAGCUUAUAACGUCGCGGAUCAGAACACUGCUGAUAGCACCGCUACCAUCUAUGCCAAGUUCGACGGCGACAAUACUCUGAAUGCUAAAGUGACUCCCGGUUGCAAGCUCAUGGCAUCAUGGCCGCGCGACUAUGGUGAUCUGGACUUCACCGAUAACUGUCUCAAGGAUCGCAGUGGGGACUAUAGCCAGUGCUGCACCGAUGACACAACCACCACUGAUGUUGUCAACAACCCAUAUGCCCCUUGA